AGUACUUUUAUUGAAUUUAAAGAAAUAUAUAUGAUUUAAAUUUAAAAUGCCUUUUCUUGAUAUUCCAGACAAAGUGAAUCCUUUAAAAAGCUUAAAUAUUGUAUCAAAUAGCUAUGAAAAAUAUAAGGAAUAUGAUACUAGAGAAAAUAAUGAUUAUUCUAUGGUAGAAAAGAUUAUGGAUAGAAAUUUUAAAAAACAAGGAUCUAAUUUCAUGGAAUUACCAUCACAAGGCGAAAAAUCUGAAAAAAAUACUAAAAAUAUUCAUAUUUCACCUCUUCCUGGUUUUGUAGUUAAAACUGUACAAACAAGCAAUGAUAAGAAACGAAUUCCUCAAGGUACAAAAGUAUUUCUUAACUUAUGUCAUUCGGAUCAUGUUACACCACCAAAAGAUCAAGUAGGAUAUGAUAUUAUUCCUAAAAUAAUGAAAGGAUGGCAUUGGGAAAUACCUAUUGUUAUAAGUAUAGAACGAUGGGAUGUAGAUAAAGCUGGAAAGAAAUGUUUAGUAAUUGAUUGUUGUUGUAAUACGUCAGUUAUGAAACUAUCUAAAGAAGAUGUAAAUGUUCGUCUUUUUUUUAUUGAGACAUGUCUUGAACUUAUUGAAGAUAAAACAGGAAUGAUUCUUUCUAGAGAAUAUGUUAUUCCAAAAAUGAAAGCGAAAGGAGAAUUGCAACCAAGUAUUUUAGAAAUAGAUAAUGUUUCAGGUGCAAAAAUAGAAGAAAUUAACACUAAUAAAAUUGUACCUUUAGAAAGUUUUGGAGGUAAUACAUGCAAAAAAUCUGAAAGUAAAAAGGCUACUAUAAAUAAAAACACAUGUAUAUCUUCUGCUAAAACUGAUGUUAAAAUAUCAAAAUUAACAAAACCCUUAUAUACUGUUGAAAAGUUUCUCAAAUUAAAUAAUACAGAAAAAUCAAAAAUAGUGAUAGAUCUUUCUUUAGUAGAAAAUUCAAGUUCUUUAUGUUUAGAAUUAGUCGAGAAAAACAAUUUAUUUUCAUUAGUAUUUCAUGCUAAGAACAUUUAUUAUCAACUAGAAAUACCUAUUUCAGAAUUCUAUAAUGGAAAAGAAUCAGAUAUAGAGGCUUUUUUUGUACGAAAAAAAAGGAAACUUUACAUAUUUAUAUAGUAUAUAUGAAUUCAAAAAUAAGAAAUGUCCUAUUAAACCAUAUUAU